CAUUACUCAGUUUUUUCUAAUAGAGUUAUAGCCAAGAAGCAGAAGUUCGGCCAUGUUUCGGAAAAACGUAAAUGAGAAAGUUCGCGGAAGAAAACCAGUUUCGAAAGAACUAACGCAGUUAUUCCUCACUGUUGAGGAACUCGACACCGAUAUCCCUACUGUGCUCACAACCUGCAAUCCGUACUUUUUGGAUGACGCUGUUGAAUUUUGCUACAGAGAGGGAUGUUACAAGCAGCUACAGAAUCGGCGAAGUAGUAUCUUAUUCUUCAGCCAGAAGGGAAACAUAAGGAGAAAAGAGGAAGUGCAGACCACAAGUGACUUUAAAAAUGAAAAAGAAGAAACCGUGGAGGAACUCGACACAAAGCGAAAGAAUAAAUUCAACUUCUGCGACAGAGCGACACAGACUGUGCAUUUUUUGCUAAAAGAAAGAGCUAAUCAAACAGAGCCAUCUUCUCAGCUUCAAUUCGACGGAACAGUAUCAGCAGCUGAGAUAGCAUUUGCUUAUCAAGAAAAAGAAGCCGGAGAAAAGAGAGACAGAGAAGAGAAAUCGAAUGAAGUGAACCGAAAAACUGAGAGAAAAGAGAGCAAGGCACUGAUUUUUUCGCAUCACCUCAAAUUUCUUCGUUUCUGCGAAAGAAUGGUAGAUCAAAACUUAAUGUCUGACAUCAGCAUUGAUUAUAGUUUUUACGAUACGCCAAGUGACGAAUUCAAGGACAAAGGCCUGGGAUCUCUGUUGCCUUUAUGGAAAUUUAAUUAUCAACCCAUGAGGGGUAUGGCCAUUACAGGCUUGAGCUGGAACAGUCGCUAUUCUGACAUGUUUGCAGCUGCUUUUGGAUCCCAUGACGUCACAAUGCGUCAUAGGUCAGGAUGUGUAUGCAUAUUUAGUUUGAAAUGCCCGUCCCAUCCAGAGAAAGUUAUUUCUUGUAAGUCUGGUGUCUGCUGCGUGGAAUUCAGCCCGUAUCGGCCUCAUCUUUUAGCCGUUGGACUCGCGGAUGGAUCAGUGGCGGUGCACGAUGUCCGCAAAGCAGGAAGCUCUCCAGUUGCCAUCAAUAAGAACUCAAGACUUGAGCACAAUGAUGCCGUCAAUCAGGUAAAAUGGCUGCCUGAUAACAUCGAUGGCCAACCGAACUUUUGUUCUAUUUCUGCCGAUUGCAAAGUGAUUGAUUGGAUACUUGCUAAGGUGAGUGUGUUUAU